GGGACGUGGUCGAAGUGGGAUGGGGCGGGGACAUGCUCCCCCAGGGAGCGCGGUCCUUGUGUCUGGGGACGGGAUUUGAUAUUUCGGGGGCGUGGUUGUGGUGACAGCGGGCGUGGCUAAUCGGGUCUGGGCGUGGUCAUAGCUGCAGGGGCGGGACCCGAGUGGCAUCUUCGCUGGUUCCUCUCCAGGCGACCUUCCCAUCUUGAUCAUGGCCGCUAGCUGCAUUCACUUGUAUGGGGCUCUAUGCCCACAGUUCCUGGCCUCGGUCGAUACGCUGUUGUUUGACUGCGAUGGGGUGCUGUGGAAAGGAGACACCCCGAUUCCCGGGGCCGUGCAAUUAAUUAACCGGCUGCAAGAGCGGGGGAAGCGGGUCUUCUUCCUGACCAACAAUAGCACCAAGAGCAGGCAGAUGUAUGGGGAGAAGCUGCAGGGUCUGGGCUUCCAGGCUCGCCCUGAACAGGUCUACGGCACCGCGCCCUGCGCCGCACUCUAUUUACGGCAGGAAGCCAAGCUGCGAGGCUCCGUCUACCUGAUCGGCGGCGCGGCCCUCCGUGGGGAGCUGGGGGCACAAGGCAUCGUCUGUUCGGGCUCCAGCCCUGGUCCAGAGCUCACCCCUGGGCCCGGGCCCAUGCAGGCUUGGGCGGCCGAACCCCUCGACCCAGCUGUGGGCGCCGUGCUGAUCGGCUUCGAUGAGCAUUUCACUUACAUGAAGCUGUGCCGGGCCGCCCGCUACCUGCGGGAUCCCUCCUGUAUCUUCCUUGCCACAAAUGCAGACACCCUGCUCCCAUUGGAGGGAGGUGGGGUCCCGGGCACAGGCUGCUUGGUGAAGGCAGUUGAAGCAGCAACAAAUCGCACUGCUCAUGUCAUCGGCAAACCCAAUGCUUUCAUGUUUGAUUGUAUGGUGAAAGAGCAUGGCAUUGAUCCAAGCAGGACAGUAAUGGUGGGAGACAGGCUGGACACUGACAUCGUCAUGGGGUACAAUUGUGGCCUCCGCACCAUCCUAACUCUAACUGGCAUUUCCAAACUAGAAGAGGCAAUGGCAUAUCUGGAAAGCGACUCCCCUGACCACCACAAGCUGGUUCCCAGCUACUACGUGGGCAGUGUAGCUGACCUGCUUUCAGCACUUGAUUGACAAAAGUCAUGACAUUGUGCUCAUUUUAUGCAUGGCUUUUACUGUAUUCUUAUCCUCUAUACAGUACAAUCACUGUAAUAUCAUGAAUACCUUGGCGCAAUGAUUGUUAAGUGUUUUUGUAUAAAGUUUAUUUUAAAUAGCAGUCUAUAACAAUCAUGUUAUUUCUUCUUCUGAAUAAGGCUGGAACAAAAAUGUGUUUCAGUGACAAACCAGAUGCACUUAUCUGUAAUAUGGCACAUUGGGGUGGAAGAUCAUGUCUGUACGUAAUGCCAUCUUGUAGGAUGCAAUUCUUCUGGUGUUUAUGUAUCUAAAAGGAUGCUUUUUAAUACAUUUUAUAAGAAAAGUAUUACUGCUGUUCAGUUGUAAUGCUGUAGUAUUGUUACUUUCAGGGGUGGAUUACACUUUAAAUGAAACAUUUUGGAUUGUAGAAGUGACAGUUGACUCUGGCUGUCUUUCAUAAUGUGUUAAUACAACAUUAUCAAUGACAUAUUGUUAUUGUAGUCCACAUCCACAUAGACUUUUGCCAGCAUUAAAUACUGUUGACCUUGGAAUAAUAACAGGAGCUGUAUCAAAACACUGAAGAGAUACAGUCUAUUUCUUUAAGAAUAAAUAGUGUGAGUGCAGUGUA